AUGCGCUACUGGGCCGAAGGAGUAGAAAACGGGAUGUGGGGAUAUGGAAAAUUAUUCGUCUUGGAAGUCAUAACUACUUGGUUAUUAUCUCAGAUUUUCAUCUUGAUAUCUGAUGUCUUGAUCCCGUUAUAUCAUGACUUGCGAAGGGAUCGUAGGAUUGUCGUGGCGAGAAUGCAGAGUCGUGUGUGGGAAUUGGAACAGUUUGUUCGCAUGAUGGAUUGGAAUAGUGAAUAUGAUUCUGAAUGUUUGUUGAGAGAUAAAGAGGAGGAAAGAAGUGGAAAUGAAUGUGAUAGUGAAAGUGGAAAUCAAGAACAAAUCAUCGAAUUAUCUCGUCAGAGAAGCGAAAGUUUAGAAAAUGGUGAUCAUGAGAGGAAAUUAGAUUGGAGAUUAGUGAUAGAUGAGGAAGCGCUCAAUGAGAUGAAGGAAAUGUUGGGGCCUCCCGGGGGGUUCGGUGAGUUGGGCUUUAGUGUUGCGAGGGAUAGGGUGUGUCUUGGGGCUGUGAGUAGAGGCUCGAGUUUUAUGGUUACGUUUACUUUGGGAGGGGGUGGUGAUGAUCACGGGUUAAGGAGGAAGAAGGUGGGGAGGAGGGGAAGGAAAGGAUAG